AUGCCACCAAGAGUAGAUAGCAUAGCGCUACUUGAAUGCACCAUGCAGAUGAUCAGGGAAACUCACACCAACUGGGAUGAAGACCAAGUCUUGGAGCGCGCCUUCUCGCUAAUGAACCUCCAACCCAACACCAACCAAGCGGAGAAGAUCCCUAAGUCGGUGCUCAGCAUCAUCUCGCAAAUCGUCAAGCUCAACAAGAACAACUGGGCCAUCUGGGAGCUGAUGUUCAUGGACUGUAUCCGCCCAAUCAAGAAUGCCAAGCGGAUCCUCACUGAGGAGAUUUCCAGUGGCCAUACCGACUAUGAUGAGGAACUGGACAGCCACUUGCUGGGUCUCAUCUUGUCCUCCUGUGACCACGGACCCACCAGCCGUAUCAACACCUACACAGUGCAGGAGCAAGGUGAGGAGGAGCAGCUUGGCUCUACACUCUACAAGAAGCUCAAAGCUGCUCUCACAAUAAACGACGAAGUUAAACUCUCCGCCAUUCACGACUGGGUACAUGAAGUCAAGCUAGCCCAGCGCAACAUUGUCAACCUUGGUAAGGAGCUCGAUCAAAUCUGGAAUGACGCAGCCAGGCUCGGCAGCCGCAUGGACAAAAAGCUCAAGAAGUCUACCCUGUACCGCUGCGUCAAGGACGACUGGCUCUACACCCAGACAGUAGACUCCCUCAAAGCUGCUCAACCUGGUUGCAGCUAUGAGUAUGCCUAUCAUGCACUAGCUAAGAAGCACCAAGAAGCCAAGCUCUCAGGUCGUAUCCGAGCCACGGCCAGAGUCGCGAGCAAUAGAAGUUCAACAGGCCAAGCUGGCGAGCAUAGGCAGAUUCUUAACCAAGAGGGCUACAAUAGGGGCAGGCGCGACCCCACAAACCCUAACGAACCGGCCAACAACACUGGCAACCGCAACCAAGACAGUACGUGGAUUCUCGACUCUGGAGCUACACAUCACAUGGUAUGUGAUGAGGGUAAGCUCAUUGCCCCGACGCCGAAGCAAGGAUCCGUAGAUACUGCUGGACAUGAACGAUUGCGAGUACAGGCAAUAGGCGAUGCAACUCUGCGAGUAAGAGACGUUAAGAUACCACUCACUGAUGUACUUCAUGUUCCCAACCUUAGCAAGAACCUAUUGUCCAUCCCAGCAUUGACUGAAAAUGGUGCACGUGUGAUAUUUGAAGAAUCUGGAGCUACUAUCCUCCAGCAUGACGGGAGCAUGGUCAAGAGCAAGACCAACCGGCGCAAGAAGAGAUGGGAGGUUUACGGUGACUCCCUAGCAGCACAGCUCAAUGAUCCCCUAGAGGGCAUUGAUGCCACCACAACACCAGCAAAACCUGCAAGCCACACAACGAGCAAACUAUGGCAUGAACGAUUCGGUCAUCCUGGCAGGAACAAGACCAAGCAAAUCCAGGCCCACUACUUAGGAAAAGAGACACAGCUUGGACAUGAUGCAAGGGACUGCAACUGUUGCAGCCAAGCAAAGCAAACACACGCAAGAAUGACAAGUAGCAAAACAGAGCGAGCCCAGGCACCCCUGGAGCUGGUACACAUUGACUUGAUGACGGACCUGAAAGGUCAUCCCAACUACCACCAUGCACUGGUAGUUGUAGAUGACUCGUCAUCCUAUGUAUAUGUGAAACCACUCCUCAGCAAGGCCGAAGCAUUCCCCACUCUAAAGGCAUGGAUCAAGGCAGCAGAGAUAGCAAUGGACCACACACUAAAGUGCAUCCGCAGUGACAACGGAACAGAGUGGUCCAGCUUUGGAGCAGAAGAAUGGAAACGAGAAGCAGGGUUCAAAUGGCAGAAAACCACACCAUAUGUCAGUGCCCAGAAUGGGAGAGCAGAGCGCAUGAUCAGAUCCCUUCAAGAAAAGAUGUGUGCAAUGCUUGUCCAGAGAUCAGUACCAAAGGAGCUGUGGCCCUACGCCAUCAUGGCUGCAGGGCACACACUGAACUUGAUGCCCUCUACCGAAGCAAAUAGGAUUCCAUAUGAGGACUUCCACUGCAAGUCGGCACAUGGUUUGGCCAAGCAGCUGCAUGUCUUUGGUUGCCUCGCUUGGGUCCACCUCCCCAGGAAGGAUCAUACUGGAAAGCAUGGCGUAAGAGCAAUCCCAGGAAUCAUGGUCGGCUACGAUGACGAGCACAAGGGCUGGAAAUUCUUCACCCCCAGCCACACCCCAUCUAUACGGUGGAGCAACUCAGCCACAUUCCAUGAAGCCAAAGGUUGGCAUGAUCGCCCCAGUGUGCAGAGCCCACUGCAGUUCGGUUUCGAGAGCCUCGAAGCAGAAGGUACUAGACCCGAGACAGAUAGCGACAAGCCCAAAUUGGAGGUGGAAGUACUCGACAUGGAAGACCCACUUCCCAAGAUACACACUGCACCACCCACUGACCCUACAGAUGACAACAGGUCAGAGCUCGAUGUUGAAGAGAUAAUUGGAGAAGCACACACAGCCACCCUGAACCUCACGCUGACCUUAAAGGAGGCACUUGCCAGCAAUGAUGCACAACAAUGGCAGGAAGCCAUAUGCAAGGAGCUGGAUGGACUUGAGGCAAUGGGAACAUGGGAGAUUGUGGACGUUCCACCAAACACUAGACUUGUCGACUCCAAAAUAGUCCUUCGGCUCAAAUUGGAUGCCAAUGGCAUACCUGUCCGGCACAAAGCGAGACUCGUCGCACAGGGCUUCACACAGCGGGAGGGUAUCGACUUCAAAGAAACCUUUGCGCCUGUGGCACCGCUCAGUGCAAUAAGAGCCCUGUUAUCCUUGGUAGUGGAGCGCAACUGGGAAGUCCAUCAGCUUGACAUCACAAUGGCUUACCUCAACUCCACGCUCAACCAUGUGAUCUACAUGAAACCACCAGAAGGUGCCAAGGUGCCGAAAGGGAAAGCCUACCGAGUCAUCAAGGGACUGUAUGGCCUUAAACAGUCGGGACGGGAAUGGAACAUGGAGUUUGAUAAGUUCCUGCAAUGCUCAAACUUCCACAGGCUCGACUGCACACCAUGCAUCUACACCAGAGGAGAAGGGGAUAACUUUGCAAUAGUGGUCAUCUAUGUUGACGACACAUUAAUUAUAGCUCCAACCCUAGAAACAGUAAGGCGUAUCAAGGAGGAAAUAGGCCAAAGAUGGCGGAUGGAGGAUGGUGGCAGUGUCUCCCACUUCCUCGGGAUUAAAAUCACCAGGGAUCGAGAAGCGAAAACCAUGGACCUCGAGCAAACCAGUUAUGUUAAGCAGCUUCUGGAUGAACAUUUGGACAAGCGCAGAAGGAAGUCUAGCGUACCACUCCAAGACAUCCCAGUCCCAGAAACAGCAGCAAGCAUAGCAGAACAUAAGGAGUACCCACAGAUCGUUGGCAAACUCCUGUGGCUGUCUAAUGGAACACGUCCAGACAUCAGCCAAGCCGUCGGCGUCCUUGCAUGCUAUAUGACACAACCAUCAAGGGAGCACUACAACGCCGCACAGAAACAACAAGACUUUCUGAUGGCGCACAGCGAUGCAAACUGGGCAAGCAACGCUACAGCACAACGCAAAAGCUCAUCUGGUUCAGUGGUGUUCGUGUGUGGUAACCUGGUAGCAUGGAAAUCAGCCCUACAGCGCUGCACUGCCUUAUCGGCGGUGGAAGCAGAAUUUGUAGCUGCGACAGAAGCCGCACGAGAGGUCCUGUUCUUCAAACACCUCUUCAAGGCCGUCGGAAUUGAUGUUGGUAUCCCUACAAUCUUUUCAGACAACACUGGCACCAUCCAGGUUAGCAAGGACCCUGCGCAACACUGGAAGUUAAAGCACAUUGACACCAAAUACCACUUCAUCAGAGACAACAUGCAAGAUGGAAAGGUCAGGAUCAAGUACAUUAACACUGCAGAUAACUUGGCAGACCUCUUUACCAAACCAGUGGGAAAGACUAUACUACAGCGCGCACGACAGGAACUGGGCCUAAAGGCCCAGCAUGAUGCAGUGGCCCAGCAGUCUCCUGCCUUGCCACUGAGGGAUGCAGUUGAGGGAGAUGUGACAAAGCAGGGAUCCUGGCCGGGAUAA